AUGGUGCUCAUGAAUGUCCUGGCUGAUGCUCUGAAGAGUAUCAACAAUGCCGAAAAGAGAGGCAAGCGCCAGGUUCUCAUCAGGCCAUGCUCCAAAGUCAUCAUCCGGUUUCUGACUGUGAUGAUGAAGCAUGGUUACAUUGGCGAAUUUGAAAUUAUUGAUGACCACAGAGCUGGGAAAAUUGUCUUGAACCUCACAGGAAGGUUGAACAAGUGUGAAGUAAUCAGCCCCAGAUUUGAUGUGCAACUCAAAGAUCUAGAAAAACGGCAGAACAAUUUGCUUCCAUCCCGUCAGUUUGCUUUCAUUGUACUGACAAUCUCAGCGGGCAUCAUGGAUUAUGAAUAA